AGUCCUCCCCACAUAGAGCUACUCCACCCUAGUGAGACUCUAGGGUGACAUUCUUGCCUGCCUGAAGGAGGAAUGACCAGCAGGGACAACAGCUGCAAACAAGUGACAGCCAGAAGGCAGGAGCUUUUAUAAGUGCCUGGAUUGCACAAGACCCAAGCCAGAGUAAUGGCAUUGUCGCUGGAAGAAUUUGUUCACUCCCUUGACCUCAGGACCCUUCCCAGGGUCCUAGAAGUCCAGUCAGGCAUCUAUUUUGAAGGUUCCAUUUAUGAAAUGUUUGGAAAUGAAUGCUGUUUGUCAACAGGAGAAGUGAUUAAAAUUACUGGUCUCAAAAUUAAGAAGAUCAUAGCUGAAAUUUGUGAGCACACUGAGGGUUGUGAGUCUUUACAACCAUUUGAGCUGCCUAUGAAUUUUCCAGGUCUUUUUAAGAUUGUGGCCGAUAAAACUCCAUACCUCACUAUGGAAGAAAUAACAAGGACCAUUCAUAUUGGAUCAAGUAGACUAGGGCAUCCUUGCUUCUAUCAUCAGAAGGAUCUAAAACUGGAGAAUCUCACUGUAAAACAGGGUGAGCAAAUCAUGCUCAACUCAGUUGAAGAGAUCAGUGGAGAAAUAAUGGUGAACUGUGGAGUGGUAAGGAAUCAUCAGAAUCACUCGUUUACUUUGCCUUUGUCACAAGAAGGAGAAUUCUAUGAGUGUGAAGAUGAACAUAUUUAUACCCUAAAGGAGAUUGUUGAAUGGAAAAUCCCGAAGAACAGAACACGAACUGUGAAGCUUACCGGUUUUUCAAAUAAGUGGGACUUAACAAAUCCAUUCCCUAAAGGCUUUUAUGGUGCUCUGAUUCUCAAGCCUGUUUAUGAAAUUCAAGGUGUGAUGAAAUUCCGAAAGGAUAUAGUCCGCAUCCUCCCCAGUUUAGAUGUUGAAGUCAAAGACAUUACUGACAGUUACGAUGCCAACUGGUUUCUUCAGCUAUUAUCUACACAAGAUCUCUUUGAAAUGACCAGUAAGGAGUUCCCCAUAGUGGCUGAAGUCAUAGAGGCACCUCAAGGAAAGGAGCUUCCCAGAAGCAUUUUACAGCCUGGGAAGACCAUUGUGAUUCACAAAAAGUACCAGGCAUCGAGGAUCUUAGCUUCAGAAAUUCGAAGCAAUUUUCCUAAAAGGCACUUCUUGAUCCCCACUAGCUAUAAAGGCAAAUUCAAGCGGCGACCCCGGGAGUUCCCAACUGCCUAUGACCUUGAGAUAGCAAAGAGUGAAAAGGAGCCUCUCCACGUGGUGGCCACCAAAGCCUUUCAUCCCCCUCAUGAUGAGCUGUCAUCCGUAUCUGUUGGGGACCAGUUUCUAGUGCAUCACUCACAGACAACUGAAGUCCUUUGUGAGGGAAUCAAAAAAGUGGUGAAUGUUCUGGCCUGUGAAAAAAUCCUCAAAAAAUCCUAUGAGGCAACACUGCUCCCUUUGUACAUGGAAGGAGGUUUCGUAGAGGUGAUUCAUGAUAAGAAACAGUACCAGAUUUCUGAGCUCUGUGCGCAGUUCCGCUUGCCCUUCAACGUGAAGGUAUCUGUGAGAGAUCUUUCCAUUGAAGAAGACAUUUUGGCUGCUACACCAGGACUGCGGUUGGAGGAAGCUAUCACAGACUCCUAUCUACUUAUAAGUGGCUUUGCCAACCCCAGGGAGUGCUGGGAAAUUCCUGUCAGCCGCUUAAAUAUGACUGUUCAGUUAGUUAAUAGUUUUUCUAGGGACACAGGAUCAGUUCUAGUCAGGACUCUGGUUGAAGAGAUCACCGAAGAACAGUAUUACAUGAUGCGAAGAUAUGAAGGCUCUUUCUCCCACCCCCCACCUCGCCCUCCCAAACAUCCCUCAGUGGAGGAAACAAAGUUAACCCCGCUCACCUUAGCAGAGAACAGGGCUGUGGGUCUGCCUAAGUCUCCCAAGCCACAUUAGGAGGAAAAAAGUACAAGAAGAUGAACUAAUCACACCCAUCAAGAUGUCAGCCAAAAAUUUGAAAUUUUUAAGACAAUUGAAUGAAGAUUUACAAAUACUCUCAGUGACGGUGAAUUUCACCAUAGUUUAUACUGUGUUAUGUGAUGCUAGCAACUAGGAAAAUGAAGCCUUCACGAUUAACAAUAUAUUUUCAAACUAAGCAAAAAGAAUAUGAAGACAAUUAUGUACACUUUUUCAUUGCUGUUUAUAAUUAUGUUAUAACCAAUCCAGUACCUCAUUACAUUUAAACCUCACUCAAAUUAAUGUUCAACUCUUUUUAGUUUUUUAAAUAGAGAUAAAGAAAAAAAAACUACAUACUAUUAAGUGUACCAGUCCUUCCUAAAAAUGGCUAAAAUAAUACAAAGAAGCAAUAUGGUGAAAAACAAAAACAUUUCUUUUUCUGAAAAUACUCUUGGAAGGUGCUUGGGAAAGAAAUGCUGAAGAAUUCAAUGAGCUCAUAUAUAUAACAGGCAUAAAAUGGUACCUGGCACUUAGUGAGCACAAAAUAAAUGUUAGCUGUUACAAUUAUUUGUAUGAACAAAUGACUCUGUAAGGGAGAUUUUCUGCAAAGUUGCAUGAGAGCUCGGUUUUUUUCCCAACAUAUGUGUUUACUGUCUUUGCUAGAUUAUGCUUCAAUAAUAAAAUCCAUGAAGUAUUUUUUUAGUGCAUUGGAGAAACCACUCUUCUAUCCCUUAAUGACCUCUUGAGCACAAGCGUCGCCUUCUGGAUGAACCGAGUCAGGGCAGCUACUGGUUGUACUGGUAGAGCAACGGUGCUGUCCAGACUUUUAAAAAGUGAUUCUAAAGGGGGAUUAACGACAUGACUCCACCUAUGAAAUGUAUGCUAGGUGUCAUUAUAGGCAAGUUACUAAAGCAAAGAAAUCGUAGCCAGAAGUUUACAAAGUUCUGAACGAUGUUGUAAAUAUGAGGUUAAUUUAUAGAAACAAAAGUAUAAAAUAUAGUAGGAUCCUCAUGAUACUUUGUGAGAUGAGGAAUAACUGUGGUACUCUUUUGUACCAUUUAAAGAUUUGCUGAUUGUCUUAUGACAAAUAAUUUUCCCCCAAAUUAAAGAUGUGCUAAUAUUAAGAUUUAUUUUUCGGGGCACCAGGGUGGCUCAGUUGGUUAAGCGACUGCCUUCAGCUCAGGUCAUGAUCCUGGAGUCCUGGAAUCGAGUCCCGCAGGCCAGGGUUCUGUAGAAAUUUAGAGAAGGUGUGAAAUGGUAGUGCCAGGCAGUGCUUGACAAAAGGCAUGGGGAAUAGGGUGUCUGAUUUGGAAGAAGUCAGAAGGGCAGCCUUCAUGGGAAGUUUUGAGGAAAUGUUGCCAAGCUUGAGUUGAGGUGAAGAAGUGGGAAGCAACCUUCAAGGACUACAUCCUGUGUUAGACACCUGUUCAUAACAGCAUGAGAUUUUUACAUUUUAGCAACACUUCAGUGGCACACAUGCCAUUUAACAUUUCAUAUAAUGGGAAUACUUAAAGAAAGAGUGGGAUUAAUCAUACUCAUCACAAUCAUUUCUAGCUCAAAUAAUAAUGUGCCAGUGUUUUACAUCAGGUUGCCAGGAUAGAUACCUUUCAGAGACAUAUAUGGAAGGCUGUGUUUUCAUACCCAGAAGGUUAAAAUGAUUUCAAAUGUAAUUUUUAAGAAAUGAAUUUAGAAUACUCUUCCUAGAUACAGAGCUAUUAUAUGGUACACUGCAGUUCCCAUCUGCCAUCUGCAGCAAGUGUUGUUCUGCUGGACACUUUUCAAAUGCUCUUCGUAUGUCUACUGAUUAAAAACUAAUUUCAUGAAAAACUAAUCUAAACAAAAAACAUGUCACAUACUUCAUUCUACUGUAAUUUCUGUUUCUAUAACUCAAACCAAGACUAAUUCUCCUGUCCUUUGGCCGCAGAUUGCCCCCACAGUGUCUAAGAGUUAUGAUUUUCCAAUUAAAAUAGGAGCUAUGAAAGUUAUAACAAUAGUCAUGUGGAUUAAUAAUUUUACAAUUUGCAGAAAGGCAAAAUAAGAAGAAAGAAGAGAAUUUAUUUAUAUACAGAAUUGUUCCAGUGUCCAUGAAUCAUUAUAAGUAAGCUGACCUUGGUAUUUUGUAGGGGAUGCACUUGCCAUAGCCUCUCUAAAAUAGCAGACCCUUUGGCAUGCUUGUCCAUUAUCUGGAGUGACAUCGCUAACAUCUUUGAGGGCUUGAGGGCAGUCGGACUUCUCAUUUAUCUCCUUAAGAUUUACAAAUGUACAGAUUAGCUGUCUCUUCUGGCCUCAUUUUCAAAUAAAGAUAUAUU